CCACAUUCGCGGUGGCAUUUGUAAACAGAAGCCUCCGGAGAGCACACACGCAAGUGAAACGGGAAAACGCCACAUUAUGUGCGGGUACAAAUAAAUUCACAAACCCAUAUCAAGUAGCAACACAAAACGGUCGUUCGUCUCUUUGCAGCAAAGUAGUAGAAAACCCCAUUAUCUUAACGGCAAGUCAGACCGGCUGACUAGUCUGUCUGCCUGGUGAGGUGCUAAAUGGCCAUUCAUUUGUGCACAUGACUGCUGUCUCAGUGCCUUCGAGCAUGUCUAGAAGAGUUUCUGUGCUGGCGGCCUUUUGCAUUGUAGUUAUUCUGCUGUUGCUGGUCAUUGUAUGGGUCGUGAGGGGAAGUUCAUGUACCGCCUUGGAGAACUGCGAUCAAUUCAAGGCCAUUUGUGCAUCCAGCGGGACUGAGCACCAGUUUUUCUACAGCCACUGUGAUAUGGUGCGCGAUAAUUGUUUGACCGGAAAGAAUUGGAAGCGUGAUCACUUUUCCCAUUGUAACGUUAAUUAAACAUCAUCUAAGCCAUUCUAUGGUUACGUAGUGACAAUGAAUUUUUCCUUAUCCAAAAUAUUAAAAUAGCUUUAUACCCUGUAAAUAUGUGCCUACCUGUGAACCAGUUAAUAUUUCAUACCAAAGUCGAUCAUGUUAAAAAUAAAUUACAGUCUAGAAUUAUGCCAAAGA